AGCAUCUUCCAGCGUUCCUGCGAUCUGGGUGUCUUCCAGGCUCCAGUAGGACAUUGCCAGACCUGCAUCAUGAGCACACUGUGUGAAGCCAAUGGCUCCUUUGCCUUCAGCCUUUUAAAGCUCCUGGGCCAGGAUGACCCUGCAGGCAACGUCUUCUUCUCUCCUGUGAGCCUCUCCUCCACCAUGGCCAUGGUCCUACUGGGGGCCAAGGGCGACACGGAGUCCCAGAUUGCCCAGGUGCUGGCUUUAAACCCCAAGAAGGAUAUUCACUUCGGCUUCCAGUCACUCCUCACCACAGUGAACAGGCCUGAUGCUCCGUACUCCCUCAGCAUCGCCAACAGGCUCUUUGGAGAUGAGAGCUGUGAAUUUCUCCCUUCCUUUACAGAGUCCUGUCUGAAGUUCUACCAUGCUGAGGUAGACCAGCUGCCCUUUGCCAAAGCUCCAGAGAAGUCCAGGAAGCUCAUAAACAGCUGGGUGUCCAAAAAGACGGAAGACAAAAUUCAGGAGUUGUUGGCAGAGGACUCAAUUGGUCGUGGGACCAGGCUGGUUCUGGUGAACGCCGUCUACUUCAAAGGAAGGUGGGACAAAAAGUUUGCGGUGUCCUCCACAAGGACAGUGCCUUUUACAGUGAACCAGAAGGAGAAGAAGCCCGUGCAGAUGAUGUACCGGGAAGCCACGUUCCCCCUGGCCCAGGUGAGGGAGGUGCGGGCCCAGGUGCUGGAGCUGUCCUACAAUGGCCACGAGCUGAGCAUGGUCAUCCUACUCCCUGACAAAGGCGUGGACCUCAGCACGCUGGAAGACACCCUCACUUUUGAGAAAUUCCAAACCUGGACCAGUGCAGAGCGGAUGAAGCGUACAGAAGUUGAGGUUUUCCUCCCGAGAUUUAAACUGCAGGAAGAUUAUGACAUGUGCUCUGUGCUGAAGCGCUUGGGCAUGGAGCAUGCCUUUGAGGAGGGCUGUGCUGACCUGUCCGGGAUGGUGGCCGACAGCAACCUGAGUCUGUCCAAGUUCGUGCACAAGAGUGUGGUGGAGAUCAACGAGGAGGGCACAGAGGCCACGGCGGCAUCAGCUUGUAUGGCUGUACCUUGCUGUGCUUCAGAAUCUAGAUCUGUGUUCCGCGCGGACCACCCCUUCCUGUUCUUCAUCAGGCACAACAAGACCAAUAGCCUGCUCUUCUGUGGCAGGUUCUCCUCACCCUGAGGGUGCCCUUGCCGUGCAUGCCAGCAGUUCCCUCUGUGUUGCUAAAUCCCCCCAUGCUCCAUGCAGAUGGCUCCCAGGAAAACUCCCACUGCAGCCUAGGUCAGAGCCUGGUCUCUGAGAACCCGCUGUCAGCAUAGCCUCUCAGUGUGCUGUGCUCAGCGCUCCUGCCCUGCCCGCUUACCUGUGCUCCCGCCUGAGAGAAGGGACAACAGACUGCCGUGGUGACCGUAGGGCACCGUCCAGAUUCCAGAGCGCAGCAGCCUGCACAGUUUUCCUGCGUGGCCUCACAAGUCCUCACACUCGUGUCACGCACUCAUUCCUAUGGUUACCGUGUACUUCCUCACACCCCACACCUUAUCACUCCCCUUAACUGACUCCUAAACAGUAAUCCCCGCUGCUGGAUGCUGUUGUUCCUCCUCCAGUUUUCCUGGUGCCUGCAAUUUUAAAGAAGCACACAUUUUAGUUUUAUUUUCUUU